AUGGGACACUGGCUCGGGCCGGGCUCCUCACUCUCCUCCCAUGUGCCACGAACCUGCCGGAAACCCCCUCCACCUUGCUGCGCGCAUUGGACGAGGAAGCAGGCGGGGCGCGCCCCGCAGGAAGAAGCACGAGCGCAGCGCGCGAGCGCAGGAGCAGAGGCGGCGACGGCACGAGGGGCCAGCGGCGGACAGCCACAAGGGGAGGAGGGACUCACUUCUCUCCCCGCUCUCUCUCGCUCCUCGGACUUUCACUUCCCCGUGUUUGGUCCCAAACGCUUCCUCGUUAAGAUGGCUGACCCCAACAGCGACGGAGAAGUACCGGAGAGCGCGCGCGGCUUCGCCCGUCAGGGCGCCCUCCGCCAGAAGAAUGUCCACGAGGUCAAGAACCACAAGUUCAUCGCGCGAUUCUUCAAGCAGCCCACAUUCUGCAGCCACUGCACGGACUUCAUCUGGGGCUUCGGAAAGCAGGGAUUCCAGUGCCAAGUGUGCUGUUUUGUGGUCCACAAGCGCUGUCAUGAAUAUGUCACCUUUUCCUGUCCGGGAGCUGAUAAAGGACCUGCCUCUGAUGAUCCCCGGAGCAAACACAAGUUCAGGGUGCACACAUACUCCAGCCCCACCUUCUGCGACCACUGCGGCUCCCUGCUCUACGGCCUCAUCCACCAGGGCAUGAAGUGCGACCACUGUAUGAUGAACAUUCAUAAGCGCUGCGUGGCCAACGUGCCAAGCCUGUGUGGGACCGACCACACAGAGAGACGAGGGCGCAUCCACAUCUCAGCGCAGAUCAGCGGAGAAUGCCUCACUGUCAAAAUUAUGCAGGCAAAGAACUUGGUGCCUAUGGACCCUAACGGCAUGUCGGACCCUUAUGUGAAAAUGAAGCUCAUCCCAGACCCAAAGAGCGAGAGCAAGCAGAAGACACGGACCAUCAAGUGCUGCCUCAACCCCGUGUAUAACGAGACCUUCAGUUUCACCCUGAAGGAGAGCGACAAAGACCGACGUCUCUCUGUGGAGGUGUGGGACUGGGACCUCACCAGCCGCAACGACUUCAUGGGCUCGCUGUCCUUUGGCAUUUCCGAGCUCCAGAAGCAAGAGGUCGAUGGAUGGUUUAAACUGUUGGCGCAGGAGGAGGGCGAAUACUUCAAUGUUCCGGUGCAGCCAGAUGGAGAGGAUGGAAAUGAGGAGCUUCGACAGAAAUUUGAGAGGUGGAAGGUGGGUCCUGGGAAGCCUGCAGACUCCUCUUCCUCCUCCUCUAUUUGCAAAUAUGACAGCAACGGCAACCAGGACCGCGUCAAGCUAUCGGACUUCAACUUCAUCAUGGUCCUGGGCAAAGGCAGCUUUGGAAAGGUGAUGCUGGCAGAGAGGAAGGGCACAGAUGAGUUGUACGCCAUCAAAAUUCUAAAGAAAGACGUGGUGAUCCAGGACGAUGACGUGGAGUGCACUAUGGUGGAGAAGAGAGUCCUGGCCCAGUCUGGAAAACCACCUUUUCUCACUCAGCUCCACUCCUGUUUCCAAACUAUGGACAGAUUGUAUUUUGUGAUGGAGUACAUAAACGGGGGAGACCUCAUGUACCACAUCCAGCAGGUCGGCAAGUUCAAAGAGCCUCACGCUGUGUUUUACGCCGCAGAGAUUGCCAUAGGGCUUUUCUUCCUUCACACCAAAGGCAUUGUGUAUCGCGAUCUGAAGUUGGACAAUGUCAUGCUGGACUCGGAGGGCCACAUAAAGAUUGCAGACUUUGGCAUGUGCAAAGAGAACAUGUGGGACGGCGAGACCACCAAGACCUUUUGUGGAACACCAGACUACAUUGCCCCAGAGAUAAUUGCCUAUCAGCCAUAUGGGAAGUCUGUAGACUGGUGGGCGUAUGGAGUACUACUCUACGAAAUGCUGGCAGGGCAGCCACCAUUUGAUGGAGAAGAUGAAGAUGAGUUGUUCCAGUCUAUAAUGGAGCACCACGUUUCUUACCCAAAAUCUAUGUCCAAAGAGGCAGUCGCCAUCUGCAAGGGGCUGAUGACCAAGCACCCUGCCAAGCGCCUUGGGUGUGGCCCCGAGGGUGAGCGAGACAUCAGGGAGCACGCUUUCUUCCGCUUUAUCGACUGGGAAAAACUUGAGAACAAAGAGGUGCAGCCACCAUUCAAGCCAAAAGCUUGUGGCCGUGAGGCGGAGAACUUUGAUCGCUUUUUCACACGCCACCCUCCAGAGCUGACCCCCACAGAUCAGGACAAAUCCCGCCGCGAUGUGGGCAACUUUGACAAAGAGUUUACCAAGAUGGUAGUGGAGCUGACGCCUACAGACAAGCUCUUCAUUAUGAACCUGGACCAAAAUGAGUUCCAGGGCUUCUCCUACACCAACCCUGAGUUCAUCAUCCAAGUGUGA